AUGAACCCUGCUACGUUUACGAUGCCAGUUGUUCAGCCGCAACAGAGUGCCUAUAGAGAAUAUUCAAAUAUGUCGAUGGCCCAACCGCCAAUGAUUCCGCCGAAUCCAGUUUAUCCAAAUCCAAACCAGACGAUAUUUAUACCACAGAGGACUAUAUAUGAUACACAACAGACUCAUCCAUCACAAAUGGCACAGCCGAUGCAGACAUAUUACGCACAGCAGCAAAAUCAGCAUAAUCAAUUUAAUGCGUAUCCAGCGCAACAGCCACAAGAUCCUUUUCUGUAUGUGUAUCAACAGCAACCGUAUACUCCCCAGCCCACAUACGAUAAGCCAAAGGAGCGCGCAAGAAAAAUUCUUACAAUUGUUGACCCGAAAACACAUGAAACUGUGAAGCUUCCGGAUGUUAAAGAUAAACACUCUUCUCAGCCAACAACGAAUGCUUCGUCGUUAAAUUCUGCAGCGGCAGCAGAAAAGAAAAAGCCAAGCAACAUUUUCCUUGAUGUGGUCAAAAAUCUUUCAUCAAGCGAAACGGCUCAGCAACCGGUAUCUGCUAAAAUUGCUACUGCUACAACAACGGCUACCACACCAGUUCCCGCUCAGCCUUCGAUUGCAGCUAAAUCUGAAAUCGUCGAAAAAGAGAAGGUGGCCGAAGUCCAACCUAAAAAGGAGGAAGAGGAAUCGAAGCCGGUAAUUCAAGCCGAGAAACCGAAAGAAGAGACGAAACCUGUAAAGCCAUCGGCCGAAACACCUGUGCCAGAGGCAAAAGAAGAUGAUAUAAAAACCAGCUCAGUUGAAGUUUCGCCGCAGGAAGAGCAAGAGCCUAUCGAGAAGGCUGGUAUGAUUCGGGAAGACACUUCUCAAUCGACCGACACCGAGGUUGUUGAAAAGACUCCCGAAGAGAUUGCCAAAGAAGAGGCUGAAAAAGCUAAUCGCGAAGCUGAAAAGAAAAAAGAAAGAGAGCAAGAGCUCGACAAAAGAAUUGCUGAGUUAUUACAAAGCGAAGAAGUUUGCGUUGAAAACGGAGUAUACAGCAGAAACUUCCUGAUAACCUGCAGAAGUAUCGAGAAAGAGUUCAAGAGGACGCCUUGCCCGCUCACCGAAGCCGAAUUGACAACUUUGGGACUUGACAUUAAUACCAUGAUCAGAUCGGAGAGGCGAGUAACGACGAACUUCAAUCCUGCUUGGUAUCAGCAGAAGCAAAACAGGCCUAAUAAUGCUUAUCGUGGAAGAACUACCACAGACGGUACAGGAAGAGGAGGUCCACGACCCGACAGAGGAGCGCACAAGAAGGCACCGCCAGUACGUCCAUCAAUCGAACGAAUGCCACGGUUUACCUUGCCAACUUCGAAGCAUGCAUGGAAACCAGAAAGACAACGUGCUCAAGAAAAUAUUGAUGAAGAGCAGGCUAAAAUUAAGGAGGUGUGUAAAAAGGUGAGAUCUUUGAUGAACAAGAUUACACCAACCUCUAAAGAAGAUCUGAUCGCGGAAUUCAUUUCGUAUAAUGUCUCAUCUAAUGCUGAACAGCUAAAAAAUGUCGUCAACAUUAUUUUCGACAAAGCUGUCGACGAACCGAAAUUCUGUGCUCUUUACGCCGAGGUUUGCAAAGAGCAAGUCGACCAUGAGCCCAAACAAGAUGGAAAGAAGUCCUUGUUCCGUGACAGAAUCCUCACCAGAACUCAAGAAGCCUUCCAAGACAAAUCGUUGGAGGAAAAUCAAGCUAAAUUGGCUGAAGUUGAGAAGGAGACUGAUAUUGCUAAACGCGAUAAGCUCAAGGCUGAACUACUUGAUGAACAGCUCAAGCUUCGACGAAGGAAGUUCGGAAACAUGACUUUUAUUGGCCAUCUUUAUCGCAAUUACUUGCUUUCGACGAAAAUUGUCCAGAGUUGUAUUUACGAGCUUUUCAAGUCGAUGAAAGAUAUCGAGUUUUCAAAGAAAGGUGCCGAGUUAAAACCAAUCAAUUUGGACGAGGAAUCAAUCCAUUGUGGGUUACAACUGAUAGAAACUAUUGGCGCCAUUAUCGAAAAGAGCAAAGAGCAAAAUGCUCAGGUCUUCUUGGACCAAUGGAUGACACGUUUGGACAAUGCCAAAAAUCUCUGCAGCAACAAGAUUCGGUUCUAUAUCAUGAAUAUUAUCGAGUUGCGCAAAAACAAAUGGAUUCCACGUAAAUCGGUCGAAACCGGACCAAAAAAGAUUGAGGAUAUUCACAAGGAAAUCAGACAGGAGCAAAUUGAAAACGAAAAAGCUCGGGAUCAGUACGACAGAAGGCACACCGGAAUAAGGGCUAGUAGCAAUUCUUUGAGAAAGAAUGCGCCAAUUUCUCGUAAUUCGAUCGAAAGAAACCAUAAUCAACACCCAGAGCAGAAGAGGGCUGCAGCAGCCGCUACAACGAAGCUCACUACUUCAAAUGUGCAGCCAAAAAAUAUAUCCUUAUCUCAAGUAAAUGAUUCGUCAUUUGGCAAGACUAAGAAGGAAUGGCACUCUGGUGCUAGCGGUGGUGGAACAUCAGUGCCGUCGAAUGAGAGUUCACAAAAGUCGGCCUGGGGCCGACGAGAUAGCAAUGAUCAGCGCAAGCGAUCAACAGUUGAGGAUAGAAAUUCGUCUGCUCGUGAAAACAGCGCUGCGCCCAUCUCGUCACGUCGAUCGACAUCACAGAACUCGAUUGCCGAAAAAGAUGAUGACAAUUUGACUGAGGACCAGCAGGAAAUGCGCUGCAAACUGAUGAACGUGAUUCAGUCAGAUUUGAAUGAAGUGCUCAGUGGUGAUUUGCCCCAAAAUGAGAUGAUUGAUGAACUUCACAAAUUGGUUGGAGUUGAAAAAUACGCUUCGCCACCGGCUCCAGCGGUGUACGAAAUGGCACUUAGGGCGACAAUUGAAAAGAACUUCUCAAGCACACAAGCAGUACGAUUAGCACAAGUUCUCCGGCUAUCUUUGACCGACAAAAAGAAAAAGAGCGACUUCAUUGAUGGAGCUAUUCGCUUCUGCAAAUAUGCAGUCGAUAUUGAAAUGUGGUGUGACUUCCCUAAUAUUUGGUCGACCCUUGGCGAGGUUCUCGUGAAUGCAUCGCACAUUGCUGAGAUUCCCGAAGGCGUCGAAAUGUUGGGAAUGAAAGACUUGUCGCCAGUGUUUUUGGCCGCCAAGACAGAUGUAAAAGGAAAGAAACAUGCGCUUUUGGUGGAAUUCAUCAAACGAUUGGCCGAAUUGGAAUGCAAGGAGUCCGGAAAGGAAUUAGCAGAGGGAGUUGCCUGGGAGUUUGAGGAACUCGAAGGCCGUGCCGCACUCGAGAAGGAUGGAUUAAGUGAAGAGCUGAAAAACUGCAAAAUGAGCAGUGGAAAGUCGCUUUCAGCGGUUCUUUCGCACGAUUAA